UUCAACCUCUGUAGUCAGCAGAACGAGAAGCUGAGAGGAGCAGCGCAGCGCAGCAUCCACAGCUCCUGCAUCCUUUAGAUGAGUCGGCUCAGAGGAAGAGAAGAGAAAAAAAGAUCCUAUCUGGCAGAGAAAACAGACGAAGGCAGGUGGAAAGUGGAUGAAGCGCACAGAGGGAGAAAGAGGGCAAAAUGACAGGACCUAAGUAAAAGGUGCUGCCUGAGGACAACUGCAGCGAUACUAAAUCUGGAGCUGUCAGGACAACCCUCAGAGAGCCAGCAAGUGAGAAAGGCAAAGAGAGAAGGAGAAGAGAAGUGGAUUUAAAGAGAUUAUCUUAUCACUCUGGACAAGCUAAGAUGGGAAACAGGAGAGUAUCUCCAUCAUCAGAUCAAACUUCACAUAAGGGAAAAUCCUUCUAAACAUCAAUUGGAACCUCAUUCUUCAGGGAAAAGAUAUAUCCUAGUUGUUCCUAAAGCUAGUGGAACAAACCUGACACAGGACACCCACUGCUGAACUGCUGAGUGCAUCUGGUAUCUCUCCUCACCUCGUCCCCUUCAGACCUCCAUCACACCAAGCUGCUCCUGCUGGAUGUCUUCUCUGCAUGCUCUCCCACUGCUCAGCAGUUGAAAAACACUCAUGGUCGAUGCCAAGGGAAGGAACAUGAAAUGUCUGACUUUCUUCUUAAUGCUACCUGACUCAGUGAAAAGCAAGUCAAGCAAAAGCUCCAAGAAAGGGAAUGCCAGCAGCAGCUCCAAACUGCCCCCAGUCUGUUAUGAGAUAAUUACCUUGAGGAGCAAGAAGAAGAAGAAGAUGUCUGCGGAAAUUUUCCAAACCAAGAAGCCGGCGUCCACCCCCAGCACCACCACCACUACCACCACGGUGCAGGACUACCAGCAGCAGAACAUCAACAACAACAACACAAUACAAAACUGCAACUGGCAGGGGCUCUAUUCAACUAUAAGAGAAAGAAAUUCAGUGAUGUUCAACAAUGAGCUGAUGGCAGAUGUUCAUUUUGUUGUGGGUCAGCCUGGAAGGACCCAGCGGCUUCCAGGCCACAGAUAUGUUUUAGCUGUGGGAAGUUCGGUAUUUCAUGCCAUGUUUUACGGCGAACUUGCAGAGAACAAGGAUGAAAUCCAUAUACCAGAUGUGGAACCAGCAGCAUUUCUUGCAAUGCUAAAGUAUAUAUACUGUGAUGAAAUUGACCUGACUGCAGACACUGUGCUGGCCACUCUCUAUGCUGCCAAAAAGUAUAUUGUCCCUCACCUGGCACGUGCCUGUGUCAACUUCCUCGAGACAAGCCUGAGCGCCAAGAAUGCCUGUGUGCUGCUCUCCCAGAGCUGCCUGUUCGAGGAGCCGGAGUUGACACAGCGCUGCUGGGAGGUGAUUGAUGCCCAGGCUGAGCUGGCAUUACGUUCAGAGGGCUUCUGUGACAUUGACUCCCAGACCCUGGAGAGUAUCCUACAGCGAGAGACACUCAAUGCGAAAGAGAUAGUUGUGUUCGAGGCUGCACUUAGCUGGGCCGAGGCCGAGUGCCAGAGACAAGAUCUUACAUCUUCUACUGACAACAAGCGUAAGGUCCUGGGUAAGGCCAUGUUCCUCAUACGUAUCCCUACAAUGGCUCUGGAUGACUUUGCCAACGGAGCAGCCCAGUCUGGCGUGUUGACACUUAAUGAGACCAAUGACAUUUUUCUGUGGUACACAGCGGCCAAAAAGCCUGAGCUGAAGUUUGCAAGUCAGCCUAGGAAGGGCCUGGCACCACAGCGCUGCCACAGAUUUCAGUCCUGUGCCUACCGAAGCAAUCAGUGGCGCUACCGGGGCCGCUGCGACAGUAUACAGUUUGCUGUGGAUAAAAGAGUUUUUAUCGCCGGGUUUGGUUUGUAUGGAUCUAGCUGUGGCUCGGCAGAGUACAGUGCGAAGAUAGAGCUGAAGCGUCAAGGUGUACUGCUGGGGCAAAACCUCAACAAAUACUUCUCCGACGGAUCCAGCAACACCUUUCCAGUAUGGUUUGAAUAUCCAGUCCAAAUUGAGCCUGAUACCUUCUAUACUGCCAGUGUGGUUCUGGAUGGAAAUGAGCUGAGCUACUUCGGUCAGGAGGGGAUGACAGAGGUACAGUGUGGUAAAGUGACAUUUCAGUUCCAGUGCUCCUCAGACAGCACCAACGGCACAGGUGUACAAGGAGGGCAGAUUCCAGAACUUAUCUUCUAUGCUUGACAACAGUACUUCUUUCAUUUUAGUGCACUUAAUGAAGCUGAAAUUGAUCAGUUGUGUAUAGUGAAAGGUGUAAUUUAUUUUCGUUGCAGCUUGAUAUUCUGUGAAAUGUUUUCUUUACUUGUUUGGACUUGAGUAAAUGGUCCAACACCAGGUCAAUUUGCCCCUUCACCAUUUCAAGGCACGUGCCAUUUUAACCCAGUUUUAGUUGUACUAAAGCAGCAUGUGUAGAUUAAUGACAGUUUUUUACAGUUAAGUAUUUUCAUAAAUCUUGAAGGUGAAUAGCCAUAGAAAUCAUUAAAGCAACACUGUGUAAGUUAGAACUGAAGAAUUUGCUCAAAUAAGACAUAAUAAAAGAUUUUUCACAUUAGUAUAGAUCACUUGGUGCACACUAAUGCUCUGUGUAGACUACCCUUAUCACAAACUCGUGUAUGUAACCUGAGAGGGUCAGAUCCACUACUGAAUGAGUCGUGUGAUUUAGAGUGCCACUUUGUAGCAAUAUGAGCUCCACUUAAACACGAGCCAAAUUUGUUAGAAGUUGUUAGACAAAAUAAACAUACAACACUUAACUGGUUAGACAUAUUUUUGUUCCUUUACAUAAAAUUUUGUCUAGAGGGAUGAAUUUGGCCUUGUCUCGACGAAAAAAAUUCACGAAUUCUCGUUCUGCUGCAUCAAAAGUCUAUCAGAUUCCAAAACGUGGAUGCAAACUAUUGAAUUUUGCGACAGUACAGUGCUGCCAAUGGUCUUCAGACUGCAGGCACUAAACCUGGAAGUUAAAGGGUUUAGAAUCUAUAAUCCUGCAAAUUACAUUACAUAAAAAUGUAUGUAAAAUGGGUUAAUUUUUCCCAACAAAACAAAAUGCUCUUCUCAUAGUGAUAUUUGAACCCCCAGUUGGAUGUAAAGUUUGGUUUAGAGGGAAGUCUUCCCAAUUCGUAGAUAUUUUAGAUUACAAAUUCUUACUGAACAGCUGUUCUGCUCGUUACCUAGUUUAUUUCAUUCUUCAUUGACUGAGUUACAAACAGUAUUACUUUUUGUGAGAGGUAAAUUGUAACUAGAACUACUUACUUUUUUGAGUUAUUAGAUGAACAAUGAUUUCAAGUAUUAUUUAUUUUUAUUCUAAAGCUGGAUAUGUACGUACACAUGAAAAUAUGCAGGAUCGUCAGGAUCCUCUCUGGCUUUAAACUGCACUUUUUUGUUGAUGUAAAUUUAGUUACCUUCAGAAAGAAAGGAAAAUAUAUUGUUAGCUGCAGAGAUCAAGAUGUUUUGGCAUAAAAUGUGAAAAUCAAAUCAGCCUCAGAACAAAAACCUUGAAGAUGGUAGCUGAAGCUGGGAA